GCUGUACAGAAGAAAUAACACCAGCAACCAGAAUAGGAUAAAAAGUCAAUGCAGAUUUUUUUUCUUUCCUUUUUUUUUUAAAGUUUCACCAGGAAUCACUGACUUCCCCAGAGCUCUAUCUACAGUCUGUAAAUGAUUGGAAAUGGCACCAUCUCUCUCACAAGCCUACAGAAGGCGCUGGUGGAUGGCCUUGACAGCUAUAGUUGAGAACCUACUCUGCUCUGCUGUGCUGCUGGGCUGGGGUUCACUCCUAAUCAUGCUCAAGGCUGAGGGUUUCUACUCACAUUUGUGCAUAGAAAAUGAGACUGAGCAUCAUGUUAACAGAAGCUUGGAGGAGAGCUCUUUGUGGCUGAGCUGCAUUGAACAAGAGGAAAUCCUAAAUCUUGGCUUUACCAUUGGCUCAUUCAUCAUCAGCGCAGCCACUCUGCCACUGGGAAUCCUGAUGGACAAGUAUGGGCCACGCCCCUUACGGCUGCUGGGCAGUUCUUGUUUUGCCUUCUCAAUGAUUUUGAUUGUUGUAGCAGCAUAUGAUCCUUCAUUCUUAUCACCUCUCAUCUUUCUUGCUGUCUCCUUCAAUGGCUUUGGAGGAAUAUGUCUGACCUUUACUUCAUUCACGCUCCCCAACAUGUUUGGAAAUAUACGUUCCACCAUUCUUUCUCUCAUGAUUGGUUCCUAUGCUUCUUCUGCAGUUACCUUCCCAGGAGUCAAGCUAAUCUAUGAUCUAGGGGUGUCUUUCCAGUUGAUCUUCUUGGUGUGGGCAGGCUUCGCGUGCCUCAUCUUCCUCAACUGCUUACUUAAUUGGCCCAUGGAGCCUUUUCCCGCCCCUGAGGAGAUCAGUUACACUAAAAAAAUAAAGCUAAGUGGUACAACAAUGGAUCAUAAGGUGACAGGGGAUCGCUGCUACAGUCUUGUAAUCACUGAAGGGCAGGAAAUGACUAAAAAACAGGUUUUGGAUGAAUAUAAACACAGCAAUGGAGCAGCUGCACAGUGCCACAGUACUCAGCCAUUUCGCCGCUCUGUGUGUUCUGCCAUCUUCUUAUGGAGUUUGGUCACCAUGCCGAUGACCCAGCUCCGCAUCAUAUUUUAUAUGGGAGCCAUGAAUAAGAUGCUGGAGUUCUUGGUUACACACGGUGACCCCAAUGCUCCAGAAGAGUUGCUGAAAGAGGCAGAAGAGCAAGUGAGCUUCUACUCAUCUGUCUUCGGCACUAUGCAGCUGCUGUGUCUCUUGACCUGUCCUCUUAUUGGGUACAUCAUGGACUGGAAGAUGAAAGAGUGCGAGGAGUACAAUAGCUUGGUGGAUGGAGAGAAAAGGCCACCCAAGAGAGACAGAAAAAUCCAGAAAAUCACCAAUGCAGUUAGAGCUUUUAUUUUUACCAACUUCUUGCUGGUGUUGUUUGGCGUCACAUGCUUGAUAGACAACCUUCCUCUCCAGUUGGUGUCUUUUGUUCUUCAUACUGUUGUAAGAGGUUUCAUUCACUCUUGCUGUGGAGGACUCUAUGCUGCUGUGUACCCAUCUAACCACUUUGGCACUCUGACGGGCCUGCAGUCUCUAAUCAGCGCUCUGUUCGCUCUUCUCCAGCAGCCAAUGUUUGUCUGCAUGUUGGGUCCACUCAAGGGAGAUCCUUACUGGAUCAACUUUGCGCUGCUUGUUUUCUCAGUGGUUGGCUUCCUGUUGCCAGGAUACCUGCUCUACCAUCGCAGACAACUCCUUAAACAGAAGAAAGGACGGGAUCAGGCAGCGACUGGUCAAUCAGCAGUUGUUCUUAACCAUCAAGAAUGAUCUUAAUGAGCAAAUGGCUCCGAGAAACUCCACAGUGAUACAGGCGAGGUUUAAAAAGGAAUAAUAAUACAACCCCAAAUCAGAAAAAGUUGGGACGGCAUAUUGAAAUGACAACUGAAAACAAUGAUUGGUAAAUAAUCUCUGACCUGUGUUGCACUCAAAACACUACAACAGCACAUUAUUUGAUGUUUACCUCAUGAAUUUUAUUGUUUUUUCAA